AUAAUUUUAAACACUUAAUCGAUCUGUACCUGCAUGCCAUCGGCAUGGCUCAAACUCAAAUUGAGAGAGCAAUAAAGUUGCUGCUUCAGGAAUCCGAAGAGCUAUGCAUUGGUGGACAAAUAACGGAACUGCAGCAGAUGCCUACUGCCUUGGAGUUUGCUCGUGACUACUAUGCAAAGAACUCGCCUGUUGUCAUACGUCAGGCAAUAUCCCAUUGGCCUGCAGUGCAGAAGUGGACGCCGGAUUAUUUGCAGACAGCACUAAAUGACAAAGUUGUAGAUGUAGCUGUCACUCCCAAUGGCUAUGCUGACGGUUUGGCCACACAAGAGGGCACAGAGUAUUUCGUGCUACCGCUAGAAACGAAAAUGCCAUUAUCGGAGCUAUUGCAGCGUCUCGAUGACCCAAUGGGCGCCGUGCAUUACAUUCAGAAGCAAAAUUCCAAUUUUAGUCUUGACUUUCCGGAGCUUGCUGAUGAUAUUGUACCCAGCGAUUUGGAUUUUGCCCAACAGUGCUUCAAUAAGCAACCAGAUGCAGUCAACUUUUGGUUGGGCGACGAGCGGGCAAUUACCUCCAUGCACAAGGAUCCUUACGAGAAUCUUUACUGUGUCAUUUCUGGAUACAAGGAUUUCAUAUUGUUGCCGCCGCAUCAGCUAUGCUGCGUACCUCGUGGUAAUUACCCCACUGGCGUGUACAAGCGAAAACCCUGCGGUCAGUUUUAUGUAGAACCUUUGAUUGAGAACGAUGCAAUUCAGCAUACGGAAUGGAUUAGUAUUGAUCCAUUAGCUCCAGAUUUGGCCAGAUAUCCGCAGUACGGCAAGGCGCGUCCUUUACGCGUACGUGUUCAUGCGGGAGAUGUGCUCUAUUUGCCCAACUAUUGGUUCCAUCACGUGCGUCAGAGUCACAAAUGCAUUGCCAUCAACUUCUGGUACGAUAUGGACUACGACAGUCGCUACUGCUACUAUCGCAUGAUGGAACAGCUCACCACCCAAACAUAUGUAACUAAAUAGCUAAGAAUCAGUGUUCGUUCACAAUCUGUAAAUCCAAUUUUUUGCUACUUUUGUAAGCCAAUAAAAUACAAAAGAAACCCUGGAGGUCUAGCGGAGUUACACUAUUUGAAUUUGGUCCCAAAUUUCGAUGGAAUUCAGUUCUUUCU